GUUUUCUCUGCUCAUUUCAUUGCUUGUUGAUUCUGGUGGUCAACAAAAAAGUUCUAAACUACAAUGGGAGGAACAUCCUUGGAUCCAGCAUUGGCCGAGAUUGGAAAGAAGAACGGGCUUCUUGUUUGGAGAAUUAAUAAAUUUGUGUUGGAGCCGGUCCCCGAGGUUGAUCAUGGUGUGUUUUACAUUGGAGACGCCUACAUUGCACUCUACCAAAAGUACGAUGGAUGUUGGGAUGUUCAUUUCUGGCUUGGAAAGAAUGCAUCGACUGAUGAAAUUGGAGUUGCAGCAAUCAAGACUGUAGAGAUUGACGAUUCUCUCGGUGGAAUUCCAACCCAACAUCGUGAAAUUCAAAACUACGAAUCUCCUCUCUUCUUGUCCUAUUUCCCUGACGGAAUUCGUUAUGUAUCUGGUGGUUAUGAAUCUGGAUACCGUCAUGUAGACGAUCAGUUCAAAAACUGGAAACCUCAUUUGUUCCAUUGUAAGGGAAAACGAAAUGUGAGAUGCACGGAGGUGGAAUGUGAAGUGAAUUCUCUUAAUUUGGGAGAUGUAUUCAUUUUGGAUCUGGGAAAGGAUCUUUAUGUUUGGAUGCCACCAGAGAGUGGAAGACUUGAAAGAAUCAAGGGAAUGGCUCGUGCCAAGAAUAUUGCUGAUCAUGAAAGAAUGGGAAUCCCGAAAGUUCAUAUUCUUGAUGAUGUUGAAUGGGAUAAUGAUUCAACAUUCUGGAGUUAUUUUGGUGGGGUUUCGUCCGUUAGGAAGGUGUCAAAGGGAAAAGAUGACGAUGAUAACUACUGGAAAAGACUUACGGAGCAAAUUACACUUUGGAAAGUUUCCGACGCAUCUGGUGCUGCUAAAGUUAGCAUGGUUUCUCAAGGCGAAAAUAUUCGAAAAGAGCAACUUGAUCCCAAGGAUGCCUUCAUUCUUGAUGCAAUUAAUGGUGGAAUCUUCGUCUGGAUUGGACAUGAAUGUACUCUUGAAGAAAGAUCGAAGGCUCUUAUUUGGGGGCAGAACUAUUUGAAACAGCAUCAUCUUCCCCGCUGGACACAAGUUACUAGAGUUCUCGAAUCAGCUGAAUCUACUCAAUUCACCCAAUGGUUCCGUGAUUGGGUUGAUGAGAAAAAGAAGAACACAUUCACUCCACUCCUUUUCCAAGUUUCCGAUGAAAGCGGUCUUCUUCAUGUUGAGGAAAUUGCAAACUUCACUCAAGAAGAUCUUGAUGGAGAUGAUGUCAUGAUCUUGGAUGCUUUGAAUUCCAUCUACGUUUGGGUUGGAGCAAAUGCUAAUGCAAAUGAGAAGAAAGAAGCAUUAAACACUGCAAAGUUGUACUUGGAAAAAGAUAAGUUGCCACGUCACAAGAAAACAGCUAUUGACACGAUCUUCCAAGGAAAAGAACCACCAACUUUCAAGAAAUUCUUCCCAUCCUGGGACGAUAAUUUGUUCAAGAAUGAAGUUCGAUCCGUGCAGAACAUGCGUCGCCUUCUCUUCCACUAAUUAAACUUUUUUAAUUUUAAUUUUUCAUUGUAUCUUAUAAUGUUUCUACAUUUCUAAUGUAAUUUAAAAUGACUCAUUGAAAUAAUAAACACUGCCUGAUCAU